CUCAUGCGACCAUCAAGCAUUCACGCACACCACACCAAUCUCUUGAUCGAAAGCAUUCCUUAUCGAUCGCUCUUCUCAUCGCCUAUAGGUGCAUCACCGGCUCAUCCUCGUCAUUCGCGCCCGGCACUCAGCCACCUAGGAACACUCGCCACAGCUACAAAUAGAGCACAUUGCUCCUUCUCAUCGCUUCGCAGCCUGCAUUUGUACACGGCAUGAUGGGCACACACACUCACACGAUGGCACUUCGCAGCUUUCGAGGUCUUCUGACUCCCAGCUCCGCCUCUGCGCGCGUUGCGACUCCGAUCGCCUCGGUCUCGCGCAGACACGCAACUACCAAGGCAGCACCAGCUCGGCCCUCCGCCUCAGCAGCUUCAACGCCCGCAGCAUCUUCGCCCAAUUCUUCUACUCCUACUCCAGCCUCGACUUCCAACCCCGUCUCGUCUCACCAAGACUUGUCUGAAGCGACCAAUGGCGAGCCAGGAGGAACGACUCUGGGAGAGAAUUGGGCAACCAGUUUUGCGGGCAUGAGCGUUCAACCUUUCGAUUCGAGGAUCGCGGAUGUGCUGGAAGCGCCCAUCAAGGAGGAAGACGUGGAGAUUAAGCCGGAUGGAUUGCUCUAUCUUCCCGAGAUCAAGUACAGACGCGUUCUCAACAGAGCCUUUGGACCUGGCGGGUGGGGAUUGGCACCUCGAGGAGAGACCAAUGUGGGCGCAAAGAUCGUCAGCAGGGAGUGGGCGUUGGUGUGCCUCGGACGCUUCGUUGCCACAGCUCGCGGCGAGCAGGAAUACUUCGACCCUUCGGGAGUAGCUACAGCUUCGGAAGCCGCCAAGUCGAACGCUCUGGUCAGGUGCUGCAAGGACCUGGGCAUCGCGCACGAACUUUGGACUCCGCGAUGGAUCGAUAACUUCAAGAGCAAGCAUUGCGUUGAGGUCUGGGCAGAGAAUGCUACGACCGGUAGAAAGCGCAAGCUCUGGCGCAGAAAGGACGCGUCUCCAUUCCAGUACCCUAACAAGGAGGUCAGGAGCUGACCGCAGCGAUAGAAAAUUGCCACCUUUGCUGCUGUGUAUUUCUUCUACGGGGCGUCUCCAAUGCUAUGCCGCGUGACUAGCA